AUGGCAUCUCUAAGUGGUAGUAUGUCAAAACUUCACAGAAAAGUAGCAUUAGUCAUAGGCAAUCAAAAUUAUAGCAAGAAGCCGUUGGCUAACUCUGUGAACGAUGCCAAUGAUUUGGCUGAUGCCUUACGCACAAUUGGCUUUGAAGUCACUUUGGGUACUGAUUGUACACAUCAAAAAAUGGCUAAUUUGAUCGACAAUUUUGCUGAUGAAAUUCAAGAUCAAGAUUUAGUAAUGUUUUAUUUUGCUGGUCAUGGUUUUCAAUAUAAAGAGCAAAAUUAUUUGUUACCAGUUGAUGCAGAUGAAAAAAUAAAGAGAGAAACAAACAUUAAAUUUAAUUCAGUUAAUGCUCAAGAAACUUUAGAAAGUUUGUCGUCACAAACGUCAUAUGCCACUAUCUUUAUUUUGGACUGUUGUCGUGAAUAUCUGUUUGAUGAUACAAGUAAAUUUCGAGGUGCAAAAAGUAGUGGUUCGGGAUUGCACGCAAUGAUAGCACCAGGAGGCACUCUUCUUCAGUUUGCAUGUGCUCCUGGUAGCUUAGCAGCAGAUGGCGGUGGUCAAGAUAGGAAUGGGUUGUAUACGAAACAUUUAUUGAAACAGAUUGUCGUUCCAAAUAAGCAUAUAGAUUUGAUCUUUUCCUCUGUUGGUGCUGAGGUUUAUGAAGAAAGUAAAGGAAAACAAAUGCCGUAA